GGAGGUAAUAUGGCAUCAAAAUAACUUGUAAAAUACCCUAAAAAUGCCCUGUUUUACAUAAUCAUAACUUUUGAACCACUGAGUUCCGCAACUUAAAACUUACAUUUUCGAAUUCUACGAAUCGGAAACUAUAAAAUUGCAAAUAAAAUAAUCAAUAAUUUUCGGUCCCUUGAAAUAAAGAUCAGCCUAUUUUUUCCAAACUAAUUAACUAAAAGAGAAUGGAAUUAUUUAUACGUAUACUUAUCUUGAUAUGGGGAAUAAUUAUUUUCUAUUUUCCUUUAUUUACCAAAUCAUUACACCUUUCCAUAAAUAAUAUAUAAUAAAGGUUUCGAAUAUGUUUUUGUUAAUUCCGAUUAAAAGUUUAAACAUAAAAAUUAUUUGUAUUAAAUACAUGCGUAUACGAUAUGCAUACAUAUCUUAACAGUUCGUAUAUAUGUGUGUGUUCCUAUAUCCAUGAUAUCCCUACUGUGUUUAAGUUAGUAGUACCUAAACGAUUAACAGAAAGAAGUGGUCAGCUCAUGAACAUAAAUCAUUAAAAAAUGUUCUGUACAAGAUUGAUCAGGCAAUUUAAAUUAUUAAGAAUAAGGCAAUUACAUUCGACUUUUGUAAGAAAUGAAAAUAAAUCUGUUAGUGAGAAAUCUAAAACUACUGAAACGUCGCAAUCUACAGGUCAGAAGGAACAAGUUGAUUUUGUAAGAGGACCACCUAUGGUUGCUCUAUCUAAUAUUGAUAAAAGAAUAUUAGUUUGGGUCAAACGGUAUCCUAGUCUGGAUCAAGUUCCAGAUUAUGUCUCUUAUCAAUGUAUCCAGCAUGCACAUACUAAGGCAAGAAUUCGUAUAUGCUUUUUUAUGAUGUUUCUUGCAAUAAUUAUCUGUAUCUCAGCUGUAAUGAUUGGAAAAAAAGAUGUUGCAGCUGGAAAAAAUAUAGCAACAGAAAGGAUGAAAUGGUAUAUGGAAGUAAAAGAAAAAGGUAGAAAAGAAGCAGCUGAAAAUGCUGAGAGAGCACAAUAAUGUUUUACCUACCUUUAAUAAUAAAUAUACCUUAGUUAUAUAUGUAUAUAUGAAAAAAGUAUCUUUUUUGUAGUAUUUAAAUUCAUGUUCAAAAUAUUUUUUUGAUUUGCCCUUUUUCUUUGUUACUAUUUUGCUGUAUUAAUUAAUAUGAUUAUUGAUCUAUGAAAUAUCGUUUGAGAUGUCUAAGUUAUUGCAUAUUACUUUAAUAAUUCAAGAAAUAUAUUUUUGUAACAGAUAUAAAUGAGAUUAGUUUUAAAAUGUUGGUAAACUAAUACUCAAUAGUCAGUGAUAAUGAUAAUAUGUGAUAAAAUAAACAUUGAUAAUAAACACUAAUAAAUAAAGAAAUAAAUGUAAAGAUGC